AUGGCUGAAAUGCCUACCGUCCGCAUCGGCUAUGUGCCCGAGCACUAUCUCACUCCUCUCCACCUCGCCCUCCGCUCUCCGGCCGUCGCCUCCCUUCCAUUCAAGAUUGUCACGACUCCCUUCCCAUCCGGAACUGGCCACAUGAUCACAUCGCUGCGAAGCAAUGAGAUUGAUAUUGCAAUCGGUUUGACUGAGGGCUGGGUUGCUGGUUUGACCGGAAAGACACAGCCCCAGAAUCCUGCGGAGGGAGGAUACAAGAUCGUCGGUCACUGGGUCGACAACCCGCUGCGCUGGGCGAUUGUCACGGGUCGUAACCGUGGGGAGGUCAAUGGUGUGACGGAUUUGAAGGACCAGAGAGUCGGUGUCAGUCGCCUCGGAAGUGGCUCCCAUGUCAUGUCUUUCGUGCUUGCUCAGCAGCAAGGAUGGAAGUCCGACUCCCUGACCAGCGUCGUUCUCGGCCCCUUCGGUGCCCUGCGAAAUGGAGUCACUGGCCAGGACGAGGCACAGCCUGACCAAGCCCCUAACCCAACAGCCGAGUUCUUUAUGUGGGAACAUUUCACAACCAAGCCAUACUUCCACCCAACCAGUGAAAAGCCUAACCCGCCGUUGAAAAACGUUGGCGAAAUCUUCACUCCCUGGCCAUCAUGGAUGAUCGUGGCGUCGACAGCAAUGUUCCCCAACCCAGAGAAGGACGCACGUCUCCAGAGCCUCUUCCAGGCCCUAGACCAGGGUAUCAAGGAGUUUGAGGCUGACACUGCUCAGGUGGUCAAGCUGCUGGGAACUGGCGAGCUAGGCUGCAACUACAUCGAGGAGGAUGCCACCGAGUGGUUGAAGGAUGCUAAGUUUACUAAUGGUACCCGUGGUGUCGAUGCCAAGGUCAUCGAGGGUGUUGUCAAUAUCCUCAAGGUUGCGGGUGUCAUUGAUACCGGUAUGAGCAAUGGCGAGGCUAUCCAGCGUGUCAUUGGGAUCCCUCGGUAA